AUGCUCGGUCGUUUGAAGCCAGCGCCAAACUCUCAAGUCAAUGAGAAAAGAGUUGGUAGAGGCCCGGGAUCAGGCUAUGGAAAAACAUCUGGGCGAGGUCAGAAAGGUCAGAAAGCCAGAGGAUCGGUGCCCAACUGGUUUGAAGGUGGUCAAACCCCAGUUUAUAAACUGUAUCCAAAGAGAGGUUUUAUUAGACACCAAAAGCUUGAUUUACACGAAGUUCCACUAAUUAAAAUACAACAUUUUUACGAUUCAGGACGUUUGAAGUUGGCUCCUGGUGAGACACUUACGAUGAAAAAGAUGAAAGAGACAGGUCUGAUUACAGGAUCCCUGAAAGAUGGGGUUGCUAUUUUAGGUACUGGAGCCCCAGCAUACAAGCUCAGUAUAAACAUAGAGUCGACGAAAGCCACGCAAACAGCGAUCGAAACUAUCGAGAAAAAUGGUGGUAAAUACACCUCUAGAUAUUUUUCGAGAUCUCUUGGUUACCAAGCUCAUAUGGCUCCUGAGCGUUUUAUGCGCUCGAAGGGAUACGUCCCCAUGCAAGCAAAGCCAAUUGCUAGACGUGAUAUUCUGUAUUAUACCAGUCCAGAAAAACGUGGGUAUCUAGCCGACUCUGAUUUUGCCCAAGUGGUCAAGGAGGGAGUGACAAGGGCUUCAGUUCAAAGAAAAGAGGUCAAAUCGCCAUUGCUGAAACACUUGGAAAAGCUCACGAAAUCCGAGAGGAAAGAUUAUGGCAUCAAUGCGUUCACCAACAACACUAUUGUGGCCUUCUCUGACUUAAAAUUCUAG